AUGAAUCAAACGGGGCACCGGAGGAUCCUCCCUGACCAGUCGUCAGGGAGCGGCCACACCUUUGGCUCCCCUCGGCACCCAAGCAUCAAAGACCCUAUUCUUUCAAAGCGAGUGUGCUUCUACAAAAGUGGAGAUCCUCAGUUUAAUGGUCUGCGUAUGGUCAUCAACAACCGCACCUUUAAAACCUUUGAUGCACUCCUGGACAGCCUCUCUAAAAAAGUUCCCCUGCCAUUUGGGGUGAGGAACAUCACCACGCCUCGGGGGGUUCAUGCAAUCUAUACUUUGGAUGAACUGGAGGAUGGGAAGUCCUACAUCUGCUCUGACAGCCGUAAGGUAAAACCUAUCAAUCUGGCACUGGCCAGGAAGAAGCUGCCACCCUGGUACCAUGCCAGGCCUGUUAGCUCCCGACGUCGGACUGUGCAGCAGGCCAGGUUUUUCCCUGGCCGGAACAUCCACAAGCAGGAGCGGAUGGUUGUGCGAACACCAAAGAGGCUACUGGUUUUUCGCAAUGGAGACCCCACUGUCAAAUACACUGUGGUGCUUCACAAGAGGACUACACCCACUUUUGAGUCUAUCCUGGAAUAUAUCUCAGAGCUAAUGCAGUUCCAUGUGGUGAAACUGUACACCCCUGAUGGCAGACGUGUUGACGGUCUUACAGGCUUGAUAUUAUGCUCUGGGACUGUAGUGGCUGCAGGCAGAGAGCCUUUCAGGUCUGCAAACUACAAUGUACAGAAAUCACCGGCUCCAACACGGCUUCCUACCAACCGCAUGGGUCUGAGAAGACUUAAGUCUUUAAACCGUAAAAAGAAGUCCCUUUCAUAUAGUUCAAAGUCAAGGAAUUUCUCCCCAUCAUCUGAGAGGUAUAUCGUGGAUCGGAUCCAUAACUCCAUUGUGACAAGUUCAUGCGACCUUCCCAGUAACCCCACAAACUCUGUCGAGCUGGAGUCGAGCCGCAUACUGGAAUCAGUAGCAGGAACAGAGGGCGACGCCUGCCUUGGCGAUGGAGCUGAAGGGCAGGGAUGCUUGCUUCCCACUGAGGAUGACAUUGAGAAGUCCUUUCGGGUGAACCAGGAUGGCAGCAUGACAGUGGAGAUGAGGGUGCGCUUGACAAUUAAGGAAGAGGAAACCAUCCACUGGACGACAACUCUUACGCGCUCAAGCGUAGCCAAUCAGCUUAAUACGAGUUGUUUACCAGAGUCUGAGGCAGAGCAGGCGAUCUGCUCGUCUAAAUCAAACUCACUGGAUUUACAAAGUCCUGCUGCCUCCAUUGACAGCAUCAACAAGGACAAAAAUAAAGACAACAACGAUGACGAUCCACCAUCCCUGAGCAAUGGAGCUUUCAGUGAGAGUGGUAAUGAGGAGGAUAAUAUCAAACUGCAAACAGAUGUGAUGCCACCUAGGAGGGCUCCUACACCAGGACACAAGCAAAUUAGGAAAAAACAAGCCUCUGUGGAGAGCAUCAAAUCACUGAUGGCUGAGGGUAUUCAGGAGAAUUUGGUUGGCUCUUACUCCUACAAAGAGCAGACAGAAAAUGGAGCCAUGACAGAGCAAUACUGUUUGGUCAAACAGAGUACCACUAGACCAAUACCCAAACCAAGAAGACUUAGCUCUGUGGAUGCCAACAAAAUAAACAGCAGAAAUGUGUCCACAUUCAAAUCAGCUGGGAUGACGGAGAUCCUACAGAUUGAAUCCAGCGGGGAGGAGGUCACUGAAACAGUCUUACACAUAUAUGAACAGCAGACUUGCCAGGAUAAUUUCCUUGCAAACAUUUGUGCACAGGGCAUGUCAGGUUCUGAGAUUCCUUUUGAUAGGCCAGCUACUUCAGAAACAGGACAUCUCUCCUCCAACAAUGACUUCGAACCUGAGCUCUGGAGACCUUCGACAGCAUCUGAGUCCAUUAGUAUGUGGAGGGCUGAGAACAUGUCAGAAGGCAUAGCUAACUUCAGUAUCGAUGGGUUGAAUGCAAACAACGUCAGCUGUGCCGAGGCUUUAAAAAUGAUCGAAUCUCUCAGAGAAAUUGCCAGUAUAGAGGAUUCCCACAAGUUACAAGCAAGUUUGUCAAAUUUACAGCAGUCAACUUCGAAGCAGCUCCUGCAAAGUUGGAAGGGCUUUCAGGAACUCAGCAACAAAUCCAAGAGUCGCAGCUCAACACCAAAUUAUUCAGAGCAAGAACUCAUAGCCGAAGCUAGUCCAGAAAAAGACUGUGACAUUGAGGAAAAUGUUAUUGAUGAGAUGAUGGAUAACCUUGACAUACCUGAGAAGCUCAAGGAGGAACUGGCUUCUCUUUCAAUGGGAGUCAAAACUGAGAGUGAUGAUGAAGAAAGGAUGUCCACCGGAUUUAUCGAAAAGGAGGAAUUGUCAUCAAAAGAUAACAGUGACUCCACGGAAUCUCAUUCAUCUACAGAAGAUGUUCUUAAUGUCAGGGAUGUUCCUCAAGAUGAGAAAGAUGUUGACGUGAGCUCCAUCAUUAAAAAAUUCACAAACAUUUACCAGCCAAAACAAUCGGACACAGGCAGUAUUCCCCGGACAACAGAGACAGUGAAGCAUAAACCAACUGACCAGGCAACUAAAGCUGGUGUGGCCACGUGUUCAACAGCUGAGCCUCAUGAUAAACAGACACCUGAAGAAAGGCAGCUUUACAGUACUGUAUUCUUUGCAGAAGAGGAUAGGGAGGCCACAAAUUCAAGUGAGGAAGAAAAUCUGGGAGAGAAAAAACAGCAUCAUGGCCACACUGAAGACAAAUCAAACCAAGAAAAGGCAAACAUGAAUAGAGUCGUUGGCAGCAAGGAAAAUCUUGAAAAUAAGAGUCCUGAGGUGGAGUGCAGGCCGCUGCAGGUACAAAGUGAGGAGAGCAUGAGCAUCCCUGAGAACGAGUUUACGAGUGAGGAUGAGUCAGAUGAGGAAGAGGACAACCAUUCAAGUGCCAAUAAAGAUCGAGAGGAGAAAGAGAGCUGCAAGCAAAGUGUGUAUAGCUCAGAAGCAGGUGGGCAACAUAGUUCAGAAGAGGAACAACUAGAAGUUGAAUGUGAGGAGAUAAAACAAGAGAGAAGUGAAGGCGGAGACUUGUCCAACCCUGACAGUCACUCUGAGGAGGAAGAGGACAAGCAGCCGAGCUCUAAUUACUAUGUAGAGCUAAAUGUUCGCGAGAAGACGAGCAUGUCCAGCCCAGAUAGCGAAAACCAGUCUUUGCCAGAGGAAGAGCAACCAGAGGUUGAGUGUGUGGAGCUGAGUAACAAAGACACUCUGUCUUACCCUGCAAGUCUGCUCAAGUCCGAGAAGGAACCAGAGAUUCAGAAAUCAUAUAUGGGAUUAAAUGUCAGUGUUGAGGAAAGCACAGGUAACUCAGAUGUGGAUGAGCCAACAUCUUCAGAAGAAGAGCAGCCAGAGGUUGAAUACAAGAGCAGCUUGAUGAAGUCUGACAGUUUAGCAAAGCGUCACAGAUUUGAUGCAGAUGAGGACAGUGGAAAUGACCACAGCAGCUGUGAAGAGCAGGUAGAGGUAGGGCAGCCACAGAUUACAAAUGUGCAAAUCAGCAACUCAAUUGAAGAAGAAUUAAGCUACUAUGAGAAAGAGACCUGCUCAGAGGAGGAACACGCUGAUGUGGACAGAUACAAAGGGGAGAGCUGUAAAGAAUACCAGGAAGCUCCUCCAUUGGUAACACAGUCAGAAGACACAAAAUGUGAAAAGGCUGUGGAAAAAGUCAAACAUCAACCCGAAGAAGUGAUAUCCCAGUCUGUUGCAGAGAGGGUGAGCUGUCUGGAAAAGCAAGUUGCGGAUGCACAGAUGAGGAGAAAUGUUACAGAAAGUCUGGCUAUCAGUCGUGUUUCUCAAAGAACUGCCCAACUGGAGUCGGAUGCUGAGGAUUCACCCUCUGAAUCUCCCACAUCUCAGUCAGCUUUCUGCACCCAGUCAGCACCUCAGUCGUCAUUAUCUUUCAGCUACGAUUCUAGCGGAGUUAUUACCAAAGAGCCUGAAGGCAACAGGGUCAGAUCCAUCAGGGAAAUGUUCUUAGCAAAGAGUGCCCCAGACAUUCAGCACGGACACAGACGUUUCCCGAGCCAGAGCCCCUCAGAGCUGUCAGAGUUAAGAGCAGAGACCUCAGCAAGCGGCGGCUAUCAGUCUCAGACUUCAAGCGAGCUGUCCAGUGGUGAAGAUGAUUCAGCACGAAAAUCUAUCACUAAAGGCUUUGAUGAGCUGAGCACAGCGAGCAAGAGCAGCGUGAAUGCUGAUAGCGUCGCAGACACAAAAGACAAUUCAGAGGACACAAAAAUGUGGACCGAGAGGAACGGCAAGCUGCCCGCUGUUGGUGUUACUGACUUUAAGAUGAUGGAUAACAAAGUUCACCCACUGAUAGAGGUCCCAUCUGAUGGGGAGGUUGUAGUGAUGCAGCCUGGAAAAGGUCAAGGUGUUAUGAACAGGAGGCUUCAGGAGCCUGAUAUGUUGGACUUACUGUACAAUUUUUGUGGUCAGCACUGUCCCAUCCUGUAA